UGGAUAAAUUGCAGUAAAGCGCGAAUUCCCGUGACGUUUACACGCACUCUCCUGACCCGCUUUCCAGACCGAUCCAGGACGUUUCGAAGCGCGAAAACAUUAACGAGCCGCAGCCGUUAAAAGUUUCCAAUUUGUUUCCAAUAGUGACGCUUUUUUCCGGUUUUCUCUCACCACUCACUUGGGUCGAGUGACUGGCUGAUCGGCUGAAGGAGCGUUCAAAUCACAUCAACGGAUUAUUCGUUUGCCGGUCUCGAGGCGACAAUUUCCGAACUGGACAUAUCAGGAAACGAGCUGCGCGACUUCCCAAUGAACGCGCUGAAACGUCUGGAACAACUGCAACAACUCCGCCUGGCCGUUAAUCAAAUCAGUGCGAUCACCAGUGAUAGUUAUUCGCACCUAAAUUCGCUCAUUAACUUGGACCUGAGUUUCAACCGGUUCCGGAAGAUCAACCGGGAAACGUUCAAGGUGUGUCUGGCCUUGAGGACGUUGUCGCUGUUCAACAACGAAAUCGAGACGAUCCAUGCGCAAACGUUCAUUAUGUUGCGCGACUUGGAAAGUCUGGAUCUCAGUCACAAUCGCAUUGGCUACUUGGACUCGACGACGUUUCGGCACAACAAGAGAAUCCGCUCGAUCGAUUUGAGCCACAAUCAUCUGCAUUACGUCGGCGGGCUGUUUGCCUUCCUGCCCGACCUCAAGGAGGUGUUUUUAACCGAGAACAACAUUCUGCAGGUGCUGCGCGACACUUUCACCGACUCGAUGAACAUAUCGGUGAUUUACAUGCAGGCCAACUCGAUCAGCCGCAUCGACGACGACACGUUCUUCACUCUAACGAACUUAACUCAGCUGCACAUGGGCUCUAAUUUUAUUUCGCAUUUGCCAGCGCGCAUUUUCGCCAACAAUUCCAAUCUGACUUCAUUAAGCCUCGACGGCAACCAGCUUAAUGAGUUAGAGCCGGGCAUUUUUGGGAAAACCCUCGCUCUGAGAGAGAUAAGACUGCACAACAAUAGACUGCGAGCUGUACAGAGAGGUGUGUUUGAUCCAUUGCCCAAUUUGCUCGAGCUGCACUUGCAGCACAACGAAAUCUCUUCGGUUGAUGAGGGCGCGUUUCGCACGCUGCAGAUGCUGGCGCACAUAAAUCUGCAAGCGAACUUCAUUGCAAUGCUGGGCGACGUUUUUCCGCCCAACUCCACUGCUCUGGUGUCGCUCCAAUUGGACGAUAAUGCCAUUGCGACGUUGCACAGUGGCGUGUUCAAAGGGCAGUCGAACAGCCAAAUUAUCUGGCUGGGGCACAAUCGCCUCGCCGCUUUAGACCGGCUGUUAUUCCGGGACUUAGAGGCUGUCCAGAAAAUUUACCUGAACAACAACAGCAUAUCAUUCAUAGAGGACGGGGCGUUCGCUGCGCUCGCCACGCUUAAGCAUCUGGAUCUGAGCCACAAUCGCCUGAGGCGCAUCAAGGCCGAUACUUUUGCGGAACUUGCCGAACUGGACGAGUUGGACUUAUCCCAUAAUCGCGUCGAGGAGAUCGAAGGGGACGCCUUAAUGCACCUGAAGAAGUUGGAACGUCUGGCGUUGGCCUUUAAUCCGCUGAAGGUCCUGAACAGUUCGAUUUUCCCGAAGGGAUUGCCGAUUAGGGUCCUGAGUUUGGUUAACUGCUCGCUCUGCCAGAUUGAACCGAACGCCUUUGCAGGCCUAAAUAAUCUCAACGAGCUCAGCUUAGCCAGCAAUGCAUUAAGCGUGCGGGAUCUUCGCCAUCUGAACAUUCCGGGCCUGAGAGUUUUAAAGCUGUCGCUUAACAACUUGCGCAAUUUAGAUGAGAGGGCCCUUAAUGGCCUGCCCUCGUUGCAGGAGCUGGCGCUGCACAAUUGCAGCAUCGAAAAAUUGCCGGCUGGCGUUUUCGCGAAGAACAAGAACAUCAUCAAACUGGACUUGAGCGCGAACUCACUGAGCGCGCUCUAUUCCAGCAUUUUUCUGCAGCUGAACAUCCUGCAGGAGUUGAACUUGAACGACAACCAGUUCAUUCAGAUACCGCAUAUCGCGCUAUCGAACAUAUCGACGAUGGAGAGGCUGGCAUUGGCGCGGAACAAGUUCGUCACUUUGGAAGUGUACCAUUUGAACGGCAUGCCGAACUUGCGGCACCUCGAUCUGAGCCACAACAGCAUAUCGGGCCUGACCGGGUUCAGUUCGACCAGUCUGAGUCGGCUGGUUUCGGCCGAUCUGAGCAAGAACCGGCUGGCCACCAUUCCGGCUAAUUUUUUCCAUAAGUCGGCGCUGCUCAAGUGGCUGGAUCUGUCCGAGAAUCGAUUUCAUCACGUGCCGAAUGCCGCCCUGUCCGAGACUACUUUGCCAGGCUUGGGGUGGCUGAAUGUGUCCGGAAAUCCCAUAGUCAACAUGCAUGAUAAUGGGCCGGUUCGCAGCUAUCCAGCUCUGGAGGAGAUGUACUUGCAGCACAGUGAGCUCAUAGUUAUAACCAGCAAGGAAUUUGAACUGUUCCCAUCCCUACUCCAUGCCCAUCUGAGCUACAACAGUGUCCUGAAAAUAUCCCCCGGAGCGUUCAGCUCAUUGACUCAGCUGAUCUCUCUGGAUUUGGGCGUGAACCAAAUCGAAAUCAUCCCUCAGGAACGGCUGUAUGGACUGAACAGCAUUCGGGUGCUGAAUGUGACCAAAAAUCGGCUGAGUGAAUUGGACGAUUUUCCGAAAAACAUGCAAUCGUUGCAAGUGUUGGACGUGUCAUUUAACAGAUUAACUAGGAUAAAGAAAACAACGUUCAAUUACUUAUACAGCCUGACCGAGCUGUACUUGCAAGGCAACGCGAUUUCCGCUGUUGCAGCCGAUGCAUUCAGAUUGCUCAAAGAGCUGAAAGUUCUAGACUUGAACCGAAAUCAUUUCGAGCAAAUACCUCUUGAAGCGUUCAAACCUUUAGAGGCUCAAAUACAAAGCAUAAGGAGCGACGGUUAAAAAAGAGCGCCGAUGCCUUAAACGCGAUCAACCAGCUGUACCGCCAGAAUACAUGUCUUACCGACACUUUUCCAUUCAAAGCGGCGAGCUGGCAGAACGUUCUGGACAUCCGCAUUUCAUCAGCGACAUUAACACGACCACACUAAACUGAACAGUCGAGCAAGUUUUUCCGCGUUUUGCUUAAGGAUAUGUUUUAAACCAGCCGUGAUCGGCCAUAAAGCGCAAUCCACUCCAGUCAUACGCCAAUUUUGAAUCACCCUGUAUACAUAAUGGUCCAGUCAAGUUAGAAAUUUUCCAGGCGCUAAAUGAGUGAAGGUGAAAUAUUAUUGUUUGUUGAUUGUUGAAAUAAUGAAGGUAAUUGCGGAAAAUUUUUCGUCUUUUGCGUAUGUAUAACUUUUUAACUGUUAUGCGAUUGAAAAAAAGUUCAACACUUUUUCAAGUAGUAAAGAUACCUACAUUCAAUAUGAGACAAGCUAACUUAAAAUCUGUUGAUUUGUUUAUUCAACAAACGAAAAAAUCCGCCGAUUUUUGCGUUUUUUUUUUUUCAAUAUUCCAGAAUUAAUUUUCUUUUGCUUCUAAAAAAUCGCACUCUUUCAUUGAAAAGAUUUGUACACUUUAUAAGUGGUAUACAUUUUAGCUUAACAUAUUCACAAGUUUUUGUUCAUUCCUCUUUGUUAUGUAAGGUGGUAAAAAGGUUAUUUAGAAUCUGGCAAUAUUAAAUAAGUUUUUUUGAGACAUCGAAGCGACUUCUAGAACUGAGAGUCUAUUUUACCAGUAAAGAGUUAUACUGCAGCGUUCAACACAGGAAAAGGUGAAUUUUUCAUGUUAAAAGUUAAAGAAAUUGUUUUGAAAUGCAUUUUCCACAUCGAUUAAUUGCUCUGGUUUCUAUGCAAAUUUUAAGCUUUUAAUUAUUGCUCGUAUCAAAUAUUUAAAAAAAUCAUUGCAAUUAAGUAAUCGAUGUGGACCUUCUAUCUAAAAAUAAUUUCUGCUUAAACUUUCAACAUUUAAAAUUCCUGAUUUUCAACUAAAUUUUUAAACAAUUUUCCCUUCAGUAAUCAACCUUUCCUUUAUUGUACGCUGUAGUUCGACUCUUCAUGAGUAAAAUAGACCCUCAGAGAAGUUUCCCCGACGUCUCAAAAAAGACUUUUUUAGAAUCUUGCAAUCGCAUUUUUUACAUCACAUAUAGAAAUGAAGAAAAAAUUGUGCAUAUUUUACCCAGAACUUAUACCACUUAUAAGUUAAAUCAAAACAUGCUUCAUUGCCACAGAAAAAUUCACAAAUUUUAUGGGCAAAGCAAAAAAGUUAUAGUUCGGUUUUUUAGGAGCAAAUUAAUGAUAGGAAAUUAAAAAAUCCGCAAAAAUCGGCGGUUUUUUUCGCUUUUUGAGUAAACGAAUGAACGCCUUUUAAUUAGGUUUGUCUCAUACUGUAGGUAUUUUGAAUACUCGAAAAAAAGGAUUAAACUGUUUUCAUUAGCCUGGAUCAACGGUUCAAAAGUUAUGCGCAAAAAACCGUUUUUCGCACUUUACUUGAUUAUUUAAACAAUAUUCCUCGGCCGGAAAUUGCGCGCAAACAAUAUUCUGCCCUCCUUCCGACCCAUUUCCAAUAAUCUACCUUCAUCCAGUAAGCGCCCGAAACAGACCCUUUAAAGUCUAAUCUGUCUGGACUAAUAUACAUAUAAAUUCCGCAUCCAGAGCUCAAUGAAAUCGUCAUAUAAAAAUCCAUUUCAGUUCGCCUCUAUAAAAUUAUGCCUACUGUACAGUUCCAUUUUUAUUCGGAUCGUAAACCAAAGACCCUCAUCAGACCAGUUGCAGAAGAUUGAGCUUUUAUGGAUCGUAAACUGGGUAUAAAAUGAUUUUAUUUCCAAUUUUCGAUAAUAACCAAUCAUAGGCUGUUGUGCCAGGAGACAUGUGGACUGAAUCGUAAUACUAAUGUUAAGGGCAUAAUUUAAUGGUCGUCACACAAUGAAAGGAAAUCUAGGUUUUGCUCGCUUUAUUUUUGCCAGAAAAAAUCCUAUUAAUUGCCUUGAAGGUAAAUGCUUUUCGAAAAACGAGUAUUCAGUUCUUCGGAAGAAUGCCAGAUAAAACUGUAAACUUUAAUUGCACCAUAUUGUUAUGUUCAAUUACAUUUAAAUCGCUUUAUGCAAUUAUUUGCACAGGCAAUGACGAUUAAUAUGCAUAACAACAGCGAGUAAUUCCCUCAUUAGCUAUUUCCAUUUUGAGCGAAAUAUUAUGUUUUAUCAGAUUAUUAUCAAUAGAUACUGARUUAUUUGAAAUAACGAAAAUUAUUGGGGAAAAUUCAACUGGUCCGGUCGGAAAACCCUAGAAAGAGGCCAUCGACASCAAAGAACAAAACCAACGUUCAAACAUGAUUUAUCUGUAUUUGUUCACAUGUUUGUACAAUAGGCUCAAACUAAUGUAAGAUUGAAUGGAAGUAUMAUUUUGUGUUAUAGAUYAAUUGGUCGAUUUGCGACGUUGUAAAUAUGUUAAAUAGACGAAAUAAAUCCGGAAAAACAGAGGAA